GAUCCAGAAAUACGGAAGCCGACUUCUUCAGCAAAAGCCUCAUUUCUGAAUUUCGCUCUUCAACCAUGCCUGCCAAGCCCUCCGCCAAGCAAACCCAAAAGGCUGCCCAACAACCAGCCCAACAGCAAAAGCCAACUCAGCCGAAGAGUCAGCCUGCAAAGGCAACCCCCUCGCCAGCCAAGGCAGCCGUGCAGCAAGCUCCCGUCCAGCAACAAAAACAACAGAAAAAUGAACCUGCGAAAGCCACACACAAACAACAACCCGUGCAAGGAUCUCCCAAGGAAAGCCAAGCCUCCAAGGCGGCGCCUGCCACGGCCCCUCAGCAAUCCGCCAAGGCGCCUCUAGCCAAGCGAGCGUCGUUGACACCCUCGCAGCAAGUGGAGCAGCAACAAAUCCUCAACAUCCUACUUGACGAUGCUGGCAAGGACUGGAAACCCCGCGACAAAACCCCCAAACAACCCAUUCAGAAACAUGCUGCCAAGCAAAAGGGGGGCAAACAGGCGCAGCAAGCCCCCGCCCAACAAAAGGCCCAAAAGCCUGCUGCUCAAAAAGGACCUGAUCAGAAAGCGGCUCCAGUGCAGAACGCCCAAAAGUCUGCCGCGGCCCCGGUCGUGGCUGCGAAGUCCGCUCCUGCCCUGGUCAAGCGCGCGUCGUUGACGCCAGUUCAACAAGCCGAGCAACAGCAAAUCCUCAACAUCUUGAUUGAUGAUGCCGGCAAGGACUGGAAACCCCGCGACAAAACUGCGCCCAAGCAGCCGUACAAGAAGCCUGCCAGUCAAAAGGCCAAGACCUCGCAGAAACCCAAGUCGGCCCCUGCCAAAGCCCAGCCGGUUGCCCCCAUGGCCGCCGCCGUCCAGGGUGCGAAGCCAGCGCUGCUGACUCGCCGUAGCUCGUUGACGGACGCGCAGAAGAAGGAGAAGCGAGAAAUCAUGGAAAUCCUCUUGGAUCCGUACGAGUUCGUCCCCGCUCGUAUCACUCGUCGAGGGUCGUCGACCCAAGUCAAGGCCGACUUGCACAGAGUGGGCAACGCGGUCGUGGUCUCGAAUCCCCCCGUGGAUGCGAAUGAAGACUUCAGCGGGUUUGAGACGGUCAAGUCCCGCCGCACGAGCAUCAAGGAGAAGAAGGAUUUGCGCACGGAACAAGACGCCAUUCUGUCCGUGCUCGGAGACUUCAAGGAGCCGUCUAAGAAACACCACAAGGGUAACCAACAGACCCCCCAAAACGCGAGACCCAACCCCCAAACUCCCACCAAAACCCAAACUGCCCAACAGCAAAAGGUGGCGCCCCAAGCGACCAAACAACAACACAUCCAGGCGAAAGCCAACCAAGGCCGGGCCAAUUUGGCCACUUAG